AGCAGGUACUUCUCUGAGCAGGACACUAGACCAGAGGGGCACAGACCCCUUUUCACCAUGUCAGACCAGAGUGCUUUCCAUUCAGGAGACAGCUUCAGCUCUGGAGACAAGAGACAGAGCAGGGGUCGAGACUCUCUUUUCUCAUCUCCAGAGGAGGACAGCAGUCUGUAUUUUACUUACAGCGGAGGUCGCAAUGAAAUAGAAGUCCGCAAUCUGAACUAUGAGGUGGACACAGCAGCACAGAUACCCUGGUAUGAGAGGCUGUCAGAGUUUAAGAUGCCCUGGGAAAUGCACAGCAACAAGCAGACGGUUAUAAAUGAUCUAAACCUACGUGUGCACAGUGGCCAAAUGCUUGCUGUCAUUGGCAGCUCGGGCUGUGGGAAGACCUCCUUACUGGAUAUCAUAACAUGUCGAGAUGAGGGUGGCUCCAUGAAAUCAGGAGAGAUUCUGAUCAACGGGAAACCUUCCACACGUUCCCUGGUGAAGAAAAGCAUUGCUCAUGUGCGGCAGGAUGACCGCUUGUUACCGCAUCUCACGGUACGAGAGACGCUGACCUUUGUGGCGAAGCUGCGGCUGCCUGCGCACUUCACACAGAAACAGAGAGAUCAGCGGGUGGAUGAGGUCAUCGCAGAGCUGCGUCUGAGGCAGUGCGCCAACACACGCGUGGGGAAUGAGUAUGUGCGGGGAGUGUCAGGUGGCGAGAGGAGGAGGGUCAGCAUCGCUGUACAGCUACUCUGGAAUCCAGGUAUUCUCAUCCUAGAUGAACCUACUUCAGGUCUGGACAGCUUCACGGCCCAUAAUUUGGUCAUUACAUUGUACCGUCUGGCUCGAGGGAACCGCCUGGUGUUGCUCUCAGUCCAUCAGCCUCGUUCAGAUAUCUUUCAACUCUUUGACCUGGUGGUGCUCCUGUCUUCUGGUUCAGCUGUGUACUGCGGCCAGGCCAAAGAUUUGGUACCUUACUUCACUUCUCUUGGGUACCCGUGUCCAAGGUACUGCAACCCCUCUGACUACUACGUGGACUUGAUAAGCAUUGAUAGGCGCAGUCCUGAAAAAGAAGCACAAUGUUUGGAGAAAGCCAGAACGUUAGCAGCCCAGUUUGUAGAGAAGGUAAAGAACACAGAGGAUUUCAUGUGGAAAUCAGAAGACUGUGGUCCUUCAGAAUUGGACACCCCUCAAAGCAGUGUUCCUCAUGUUUUGAAUAAAGAAUCAGUGAUCACAGUUUCCAAACCGAAGGAUCGCCUGCCGGGAAAAGUGCAACAGUUCACAAUCCUAAUCAGGCGGCAGGUAUUUAACAACUACCGUGACCUGGUGACGCUGGUGGUUCAUGGUUUGGAAGCCUUGCUGAUGUCACUGCUCAUCGGUUUCCUUUACUUCGGAGCUGGGGAUGAGGGUCUUUCUAUCCAAGAUACUGUGGCUUUGCUCUACAUGAUAGGAGCUCUAACACCCUUUGCUGUUGUGCUGGACGUCAUCGCAAAGUGUCAUUCGGAAAGAGCCAUGCUUUAUCAUGAACUGGAAGAUGGCAUGUACUCGGUCACUUCAUACUUUUUUGCCAAGGUCCUUGGUGAGCUGCCAGAGCACUGUGCCUUUACACUGGUGUACGGUGUGCCCAUCUACUGGUUGGCUGGGCUCAACAGCGCUCCCGACCGCUUCCUUCUCAGCUUCCUGUUGGUGUGGCUGAUGGUGUAUUGCAGUCGCUCCAUGGCCCUAUUUGUGGCGGCAGCCCUGCCAACAUUGCAGACGUCGUCUUUCAUGGGCAACGCUCUCUUCACUGUCUUCUACUUGACUGCUGGAUUUGUCAUUAGUCUGGAAAACAUGUGGCUGGUGGCGUCUUGGUUUUCUUACAUAUCCUUCAUGCGUUGGGGUUUUGAGGGAAUGCUGCAGGUUCAGUUCCGUGGGACCAGACUCCCAAUCUCCAUUGGAAACUAUACUGGAGAAUUUGAUGGUAUUAAGGUUGUGGAGAUGAUGAACAUGAACCAGUAUCCACUGUAUUCCUGCUACUUGGUGCUUAUUGCUGUUGCUUUAGUUUUUAUGCUUCUCUAUUAUCUGUCACUCCGAUUCAUUAAACAGAAAUCCAGUCAGGACUGGUGAGGAGGACAGAUCAAAUCAGCAGCAUAAAAUCUGGUGCUUAUUCCUGCCAAGAAACCGGUCUUAUAACCACAGAUUUUAUAAAAACAACUCUGUCGAGUCAAAAUAUGGCUCUCACCAAUUUCAAUCACAACAGAAUAAUCUCUGGUUUUCAGUUUGAAAGUUUUCUGAGAUGACUGAAUGAUAAUUUGAGGCUGAAACUACGUCAACUAAUGUAGAGUUUCAUUGUACUACCACUAACUGCCGCUGGAUGGCAGUAACAUACUAUGUUUUUCCUUCACUCUUUAAAGUUUACUUAAUUAUUAACUUUUUUGAUAAGCCACUAGACAUCAUGUUUGAAAGAUACCUUUCAACAGAUUUAGUGUAACGUGUCACAAUGUGUAUUUGUCACAGUGUACUACUACAAGAGCUUUGAAAGUUACAUGUUUAGAAACUGAAAUGCACUGGUGCAACAUGCUAAGAUUUAGGCCUAAGAAUUUGCAACUUGGAAUGUAUUUGUGUUUGAUUCCACAUGUCUGCUACGAUUUAAUGCAGCAUAAUGUUGAACAGAGAGAUGAAUAACCACAACUGCAGGAGAAAGAAAAACUACUGAUGUGAUGUUUCAAACAUUACUAGAAUUGAACAAUUAAUAUACAACCUAAUGGCUAAAUCAGUGUCAGGAACAAAUUUAUACUGCAAAUAUUCCAGUCGUACAUAAGAUCUGGAUGUCUCUGUAUAAAAAAUAUUGGUAGCACUUUAUUUUACAGUCCUGUUCCUUAUUAUUAUAAUAAUUACAAUAACUUGGUAAUAACUACUAACCCUGAACCUAAUCUUAACUCAUGUUGUUAUUAUUACUCAGUACUUUCUUAAGUACACAUAAAUGCACAUGUCAAAUAAAGUGAAACUGAGAUAUCUGUAAAACUGUCUGACUGUGUACCAAAUGUUUCUGUAAAAUGAACAUUUUAUUAGACUUGCUCAUCUGUCACAUGACUUUUUUUUACUUAUCACCUUAUUUGUGUGUGGAAGUCUAUUUUUGACACAUGUGGAGAUGAAUUGUGUAUUUAGUAAAUAUAAAUGUAUGAUUGUAAUAUUUGGUUGGGUCUAUGCUAACUUGAGAUCAAUAAAAAGGGUUAUGACCUGGCAU